AGGUGGUACGUCCCGGUUGCCAUGCCGACUCCUUGUACACCAUCAAUGGGAGCUGGCUGGGAGGGGGGAAGAUGGCCACUCUGGCCAGGCUGCAAGAGAGGCUGCCGCUCUUCAAGGGGGAGUAUUACUCUAGGAACAGAUGCGUAGAUGAAUAUAGAAAAACAGAAUAUUAUGCUGCUGUAAAAAUUCAGAGUUGGUUUCGAGGAUGCAAAGUCCGAGCGUAUAUCCGGUAUCUGAACAAAAUGAUGGUUUUUAUUCAGAAAUGGUGGCGGGGUUAUCAAGGAAGACAAAAAUUCAGAGAAAUGGUGGAGACAGCAUAUUUUAUUAUGAAGAUGAAUUUCUACAAUGAAAUGGCUGUCAGGAUUCAGAAAAGAUGGCGAGGCUAUUACGUGCGAAAAUAUAUCCAUAAUUAUUAUGCACUGAAGAAGUACCUGGAAGCUAUUGCUUUGAAUAAUGAGCUGGUCAGGAAAGAACUGGAAGAGUUUGCGGAGAUGAAGGAGAAAGAGGAACAGAAAAAAGCCCUCGAAAGAGAAAAAAGGAAAAAGGAUUACCUCGCCCAAAAGAUGCAUUACCUCCUUAGCACUGUGCAGAUUGCAGGAAUAUACAACUCGCCCUACAGGAAAUCACCGGAUCCAAUGGAAUUGGAAUUAAGGAAAGCAAAACCUUUGAGGCCCAAGAAGAAAAAGGUCAAGAAGGAUGCUGUCAAUCUCCACUGGAAUGCUUAUUCUGAUUUGUUUGGCUUCCAACGAGAGCCAGCUCUUCCUCCUAUUGGGAGACAAAAACCUCAGGGCCCAUUUCGUGAUCCUGUUGAAGUGUUGCAGCAACGCUAUAAGCCUUUGGAACCGUCUGUGCAGGUGGCAGCUUCAAACGUUUCACUGGAGCUUGCCAGAGAAAAAAUUAAACAAGAAGAGUGGAGAAACCGUGUACAUGAUGAAGUGUUUUUGCCAUUUUCAGGCCACAGAGUUGAUAAGUAUGUCCCAUCAAUCCAAACAGCUAGUAAAUAUGGUCAAUCGAGUUACGGGCUCAAACACUUCCGGGAAGAACACCCAGAGAAAUGGAUAACAAAUAAGGACUUCUUAACGGUGCUACCAUCGAUUCCUCUGUUUGCAAAGUUUGGCCAAGCCUAUUCCAGAGCCGGAGCAGUAGUGUAAUUUCUCUACCAACCCAGUCUAUGAUUUUUUAAACACUUGAAAUAAAGGGGUUUUUUUGUUUUGAAAAUGUGAAGCAAAGCAAUUACUUAUGAUUGCCAUGUACUACCUGCAGACAAUCCUCAUAUACAACCUAGUUUGGGAAUUCUGAAAUAAUGGUUCUAAGCAACCAGCAAGUUACCGUACAUCAUGCCGUAUUUUUUGUGUGAAGGACAUCCAUAGAGACAGAUCUCCAUCUUCAGAAAUUCCUAACUAUAGGUAUUUCUAGUCUGUUUUCUCUGUUAGCAAGACUGCAGAUCAAAGUAACUGGUGGAAUAAGCUCAACAAUCUGAAGAAUUAGAUCAAUUUACUUACUCAGGUAAGAGAUGUAGUCCUUUUUUCUGUGAGGAAAAUAAAUGAAUAAAAAAUG